AUGGCAGCUGUUACCAUGGAUGAAAAUUCAGGCCCUGUGCCAUCCCCUUACAGCGUUAUCAGCAAAGUGACUCAAUUCGAGAAUUUUGAUCAAGCAUCUUGGUGGCAUGAUGUCGCUCCGAUGGCAGAAAGGAUCCUCCAACACUCAAAUUAUAGCAAGGAGUCGCAAUAUCAAUACAUGCUACUUUUGUCUCAGGUCCUUGUUCCUUCUCUUGGACCAUAUACCCCUUCUCAAAGAACCUGGAGAAGUACUAUCACACGCAGCGGUGUUCCCGUUGAGUUGAGUGUCAAUUAUAGGAAGCAGGGACAGUCAACCGUUCGAAUUAGCGUGGAACCAUGCACACACCUAUCCGGUUUGCCGAUUGAUCCUUUUAACCAAGUUCCAACGAAGGAGUUGAUGGCUAAAAUCGCCAAGUAUGACUUUUGCAACUUUGACACUGAGUUGUGGGACUAUUUCUCGAGCUGCCUAACAGUCAGCAAAAGUGAGCAGCACCACAUUGCUGAGAACAACAUUGAUGUCAGUGUUUUUAAGACUCAAAUGGCACCGGGCUUCGACUUAUCAGACAAUGGAGAAAUAUCAGUGAAAGGGUACGUGUAUCCACGUGCUAAAGCGACUGCAAACGGUGUCCCUAUCGAGUCCUUGGUCUUUGAGAGUCUCCAAUACUUUGAGAAGAAAAAUGAUUGCUCGACAGCACUUGCUAUGCUGAAGGAAUACAUCCUGGAAAAAAACCUUGGAUCCAAUAUCGGUUUCCUAGCUUGGGAUUGCGUUACACCCUCCAAAUCCAGGCUUAAGAUGUACCUUGGCAGUGCAGAUGUGACAAUGGGCAUGAUUAAGGAUCUCUACACUAUUGGUGGCCGCCUGAAUGACCCCACUACUCUCAAAGGCUUUGAGUUGCUCACUCAGCUUUGGAAAGCAACAGGGCUUGCGGAAGGCGUGCGAGAACUAGUGCCAUAUUUCGAUGACCCAAUGCAGGUUCCCUCGCAAGGCCAGAAAGCUCCCGUUCUUAUCAAUUAUGAGAUAACACCUGGUAGCCCACAUCCCGUCUCAAAACUCUACCUCCCAACCCAUGGCGAAAAUGAUCUCCAGGUUGCCAAAGGACUUAGUGAAUUCUUUGCUCAAAUUGGAUGGACGGAACUUGCCGAGACUUAUGUUGACCGCUUGCAAGCUCUAUACCCCAACCUUGACCUCAGCCGAACUUCGUGCCUAAUUUCCUGGCUUUCGUUUGCCUACACGGAAAAGAACGGUGUAUAUCUUACCGUAUAUUAUCACAGUUCUUCCGAGUACAUGUGGAAGCUGGAGGAUGAACAGAAAUAA